AUUCGAGUGUACACUCGACUCAGCGACGUAGCCAUGGUGUGGGCAUUGGAGGAUGCAGCGAACAUUGAAGAUCUUGCUUUGCUUUGUGGUGCAUUAUGUGCAUGCCUGAACAAAGGUGCAGCAGCGGCGCGGUGGCUGGAGGGCGCGGGUGGGGGCGGCGGCGGCGGCGGCGGCGCGGCGCUGGCGCUGCAGCUGCAGCUGGCGCGCGGCGCGUGGGGCGAGGCGGCGGCGCUGGCGCAGCGCACGCGCCCGGAGCACGCGCCGCACGUGCGCCUGCACCACGCGCAGCACCACGAGCUCACGUGCGGACAACAUCACUACUGUCUAUAUAAACACAUACACUUUGGGCGUUCGAUAAAAAUCGUGACGGAAACUACAUUCUAUAAUAUUUUCAAUUAUAACAUCAAAUGAUGUAUUGUAACGAAGCGGUUUCAUAAUAUUAUCAUCACCCACAUGCUGAAGUUUAGAGAAAAUCAAAUGUUUAAUACACAGCCUAUUAUUUUUAUAAUUACAGCGCUGAUUACCACGAAGCACUCGCCAGUUAUGAGAAAAGUCUGAUCACGGAAAAUACCGACAGCAUAAAAGUCAAAGAGCACAACAAGAAAUGCGAAGCGGGCAUCGCUCGUACAUCCAUCAGAUGCGGAGACGUCAUGCGAGGAGUCACCACCGCUAUGAAGCACUCGGAAGACCACAACCUGAUCAAGGACUGCGCACAACUUCUAGAAGAGGAGAAGCAGUUCAACCACGCUGCAGCGCUUUACGACCACGUAGGGAAUACUGAGAAAGCCGCUUCAUUGUACAUCAAGCUGAAAUCGUGGCUGAAAGUCGAAGCUCUCCUACC